CUCUCUCCAAGCACUUCCGGGGCUGCGAAGAGGAUCCGGGGCUAAGCCAGCCUCCCGGCCGGCCGAGGAAAACAGCGCCUGCCUAGCUGGCGGGGCUGGUGACGUCCGCGGAGCCGCCGCCUUCGCCGCCCACCGGGGUCCCCGUCCCCGACCUCCAGCCGGGGAGCCGCCAUGUGGUUCUUCUCCCGGGACCCGAUCCGGGACUUCCCCUUCGAGGCCGUCUCGCCUGCGGAGUCUCCGCCGCUGCCCUUGCCGGGGGGAUCCUGGCUGCUGCACCGCGGCAGGAGGAAGGCCACGGGGGAACCAGUGUCUCUGUUUGUGUACGAUGUGAAACCCGGCCACGAAGAACAGACGCAGAUCGCCAAGGCGGCCUUCAAACACCUCAAAACCCUACGGCACCCCAAUAUCCUGUCCUACAUUGACGGGUUAGAGACGGAGAAAUGCUUGCAUGUGGUGACGGAGCCAGUGAUGCCACUUCCGGCCUACCUGGAGUCCAGAGGCGAAGGGCGAGAGUUGAGCGAGCUGGAGAUCUCGUGGGGCCUCCAUCAGAUUGUGAAAGCCCUCAGCUUCUUGGUCAACGACUGCCACCUCAUCCACAACCACGUCUGCCCGGCGGCCAUCUUUGUGGACCGUGCUGGUGAGUGGAAGCUGGGCGGUUUGGACUACAUGUGCUCAGCUCAGGGGGAUGCUGCCGUGCCGAGGAAAGGGGUCCCCGAGCUGGAGAAAUACGACCCUCCAGAGUUAGCAGACAGCAGCAAGAGCGUUGGAGAAAAAUGGUCAGCCGACAUGUGGCGCCUUGGCUGCCUCAUCUGGGAGGUCUUCAAUGGCCCCCUGCCUCGGUCAUCUUCCCUCCGGUCUCUUGGCAAGAUCCCCAAGUCUUUGGUCCCCCAUUACUGCGAGCUGGUGGGUGCCAACCCCAAGCUGCGGCCCAACCCGGCCAAGUUCUUGCAGAACUGUCGGGGGCCGGGGGGCUUCAUGGACAACAGCUUUGUGGAGACCAACCUCUUUCUGGAGGAGAUCCAGAUUAAGGAGCCUGCGGAGCGGCAGAAGUUCUUCCAGGAGCUCAGCGCGAACCUGGACUCCUUCCCCGAGGAUUUCUGCCGCCACAAGGUCCUCCCACAACUGCUGACGGCGUUUGAGUUUGGCAGCGCUGGGGCUGUCAUCCUCAUCCCACUCUUCAAGGUGGGGAAAUUCUUGAACGCCCAGGAAUACCAGCAAAAAAUCAUUCCCAUCAUUGUGAAGAUGUUCUCCUCCCCAGACCGGGCAAUGAGGAUCCGGCUGUUGCAACAGAUGGAGCACUUCAUCCAGUACCUGAACGAGCCCACGGUCAACACCCAGAUCUUCCCCCACGUGGUCCACGGCUUCCUGGACACCAACCCGGCCAUUCGUGAGCAGACGGUGAAGUCUAUGCUGCUGCUGGCUCCCAAGCUGAACGAGAACAACCUCAACGUGGAGCUCAUGAAGCACUUUGCCCGCCUGCAGGCCCGGGACGAGCAGGGCCCUAUCCGUUGCAACACCACCGUGUGCCUCGGCAAGAUCGGGCCCUACCUCAGCGCAAGCACGAGGCAGAGUGUCCUGAUCUCAGCCUUCAGCCGGGCCACCAAGGACCCCUUUGCCCCCUCUCGCGCUGCUGGGGUCCUGGGCUUUGCAGCCACCCACAACUUCUACUCUAUGAAAGACUGUGCCUUCAAAAUCUUGCCUGUCCUCUGUACGGUGACGGUGGACCCAGAGAAGACCGUCCGGGACCAGGCCUUCAAGACAAUGCGGAGCUUCAUCACCAAACUGGAAACCGUUUCCGAAGACCCAGCUCAGCUCUCUGAGCUUGAGAAGGACGUCCAGGCUGCCUCGGCUGGCCCAGGGGCGAGUGCAGCUGCCAGCUGGGCUGGCUGGGCCGUGACGGGGGUCUCGUCUCUCACGUCGAAACUGAUCCGGACCAACGCCGGGGGGGUGCCAGUGGCUGAGCAGGCACCUGAGGGGGCCCCUGCCAGCACACCAGAACCCCCCAAAUCAGGAGCGGGCCAACCUUCUGCCCCAGAAGGGGCAGCCCCUGCGUCAUCCAGCCAUUGGGACCUGGAGGAGGAUGUGACAGAGGAGGAAAGUGCAGCAGACCGAUGGGAUGAUGAGGAUUGGGGCAGUCUGGAGACCACCUCCACCGCCGGGAAGGCAGAGACUGACUGGAGUGCCUCUGCCUGGGACCUGGAGCCUUCCUGGAACCAAAAGAAAACACAGCGCCCCACUGUAGAUGGUGGGUGGGGCGGCGCUUGCGAGGGGGACAUGGCCCCCGGCCUGGGCCAGAGGUCUACCACGGCCCCGCCAGAUGGGACCAAACUGGCCAGCGAUUACAACUGGGAGGGCCUUGGCAGCGCAGACAAGCCGGACCCGUUUUCCUCUCUUGUGGAGAAGCCGGCAGCAGACAGGCAGAGGAACGUGGAAGCGCUGGGCGACUGGGACCUCCAAGACAACUGGGAGGCGCUGGAGUCAGAGCAAGGGCCCAGCAAGGCUGAACUAGCGCGGAAAAAGCGUGAGGAGAGGAAGCAGGAGAUGGAAGCCCGGCGAGCAGAGCGGAAGGCAGCCAAGGGACCCAUGAAGCUGGGGGCCAGGAAGCUGGACUGACAUACCCCGUCCCUUUUACUUUUUAAUUUUUUUUUGGGGGGGGGGUAGCAGGCUGCUGGUGGGGGAGGGCAGAAGAAGGGCUGUUUCUGGCAUGUCUUCAAAUCUCUUCCUUCCCCUAGGUUGAUUUUUUUCUGGGCAGGGGGAGAGGGAGAAGAUGCAGAGCCUGGUGGGGGUUUUUUGGGGGGUGGGGUGGGGAAGUUUGCUACCUCCAUCAUCGCUUGCCAAGAAGCGUUUCCAGUUCACUGAGAGAGUCCUCCCCCUCCAGUGACGGAGACGCCUUGAAUUCCAAAUGCCGGAAGUGGGGGUGAGAAGUUACCCAGUGGGGGGGAGACAAGUCUGUCUCUUUCUCUCUCUCUCUCUCUGUCUCCAUAGAGUAGCUAUUCUGUACAGCGGCUGGUGUUCCAGCACGGGAUGUAUGUUUGUAUGUGUGUGAAAUGUGAUUCUUGCCUGUUUCAUUGGUUUAUGCAGAAGCCGACAAAUAAAUUAACUCUUUACCGAUAA